AUGGCUCCCUCCAACCUGCCCGCCCUCUUCAACGCUACCAGCCAGGACAUUGAGACCCUCCUGGCUGCUCAGUGCCACCUCGGCUCCAAGAACCUCCAGGUUCACAUGGAGAACUACCUCUGGAAGACCCGUGCCGAUGGUGUCAACGUCAUCAACGUCGGCAAGACCUGGGAGAAGAUCGUUCUGGCUGCCCGUAUCAUCGCUGCCGUCGACAACCCCGCCGAUAUCUGUGUCAUCUCUGCUCGUCCCUACGGUCAGCGUGCCGUCCUCAAGUUCGCCGCCCACACUGGUGCCACCGCCAUCGCUGGUCGCUUCACCCCCGGUUCCUUCACCAACUACAUCACCCGAUCUUUCAAGGAGCCCCGUCUGAUCAUCGUCACCGACCCCCGCACCGACGCCCAGGCCAUCAAGGAGGCUUCCUACGUCAACAUCCCCGUCAUUGCCCUCGCCGACACUGACUCUCCCACCGAGUACGUUGACGUUGCCAUCCCCACCAACAACAAGGGUCGCCACGCCAUCGGUGCCGUCUGGUGGAUGCUCGCCCGUGAGGUCCUCCGUCUUCGUGGUACCAUCUACAACCGCGAGACCCCCUGGGACGUCAUGGUCGAUCUUUACUUCUACCGUGACCCCGAGGCUGAGGCUGAGGACAAGGUUGAGGAGGAGAAGCUCCCCGGCGCUGACGAGGAGGGUCCCGCCGCCAUCGAGUCCGGCUUCCAGAACACCGCUGGUGGUGACUGGGAGACUCCCGCUGCUGGCUUCGCUGGUGCCACCGGUGCCGCUGCCCCUGGCUGGGACGGUGCUGCCGGUGAGGAGUGGGGUGCUGCCCCCGCCAACACCGAGUGGGCUGCUUCUGCCGAGGCCCCCAAGGACUCUCAGUGGUAG